CUGCCUGCUGCCGCUCCCCACUCUCCUGACCUGCUCCGACACACCGAGCAAAGGUCCUCCGUUCACUGCUCCCGAAACUCGCGCUCUGUCCCACCGCACAAAGUCGCCCGAUCGCUCCGAAACCGACAAAAUCCCGCUGCCAGGACGAUGACUGUGUCAAGCGACGCUGUUACCAAGGUCGAGGCUGUCGCUACCAUGUCCAAUUCGUCGACGCCUUCGGCUGCGAGCGGCACCGCGCCCGCUGGUGACGAAGCUGCCUCAACCAUCAUGGUCAACACCAAGGCCCCCGCUGCCUUCCCGCCGCCCAAGACCGACAAGCCUCGCCCCCACAUCUGCGGCACUUGCCAGCGCUCUUUCGCCCGCCUGGAGCAUCUGAAGCGACACGAGCGGUCGCACACCAAAGAGAAACCGUUCCAGUGUCCCGAAUGCGCACGGUGCUUUGCUCGCCGUGACCUGCUUUUGCGCCACCAGCAGAAGCUGCAUCAGACGACGACGCCGUCGUCCCGACCCCGCAAUCGUCGCGAGAGCGCGAGUGGGGCGACGCCGGGUGCUAGCCGGGUCCGUAAGAAUAGUGUCGUGGGCCCCGGUGCCGCCGCCGCCAGCAACACUGCCGCGUCCAUGAGGCCUAGGGCAAAUACGAUUAGCCAUAUCGAUAACACGGCCAUCCAGAUGAUGGCCGCUGCCACUGCCCAGGUCUCGAGGAUGCCACCCACGCACAGCCGCCAUCCAAGUUUGAUUGGGUUGCCAACCCAUCACAGUCUCGAGUCCUACGGCAUGGCUUCGGCCUUGGCCCAUCGCGGAGCGCCGCUCGGCCUGCCCAAGCUCGAGACGCACGGGAUCAGCGGCAUGGACUUCUCGGGCGGCCUUCGGACCGCUCCGGCGAUGCCAUUCGGUUCCGAGUUCGAAAUGGACAGCAGCUUGUUCUUUGGCGGCUCUCCGGGCUCCACGAUCAACCCCAAUGCUCUCCACUACAACGAUUCCCCUCCUUCGAUGGCCAUGGACGCCCUCUCGUCCUUCCCACACGGGCUCCCCGACAUGUCGGCCGCCACCCAAUCGCUGGACGAGUUCGACUGGGUAACAGGCUUCGACCACACAAUGUCGUUUAACAACGGGCCGGUAGAGACCGCCGUGGACGGUUCCUCCCCCUCUGCACUUAGCACCACGAGUCAGAGCGGCAUCAGCGACGUCAUGGUGGACGGCUCGAACCACCACACCGCCACGGCUGCGACGAGCUCGAUGUGGCAGACGUCCAUCAUGGGCCCCCCGCAAAUGGGCAACCCUUUCGCCCUUGACAUCAACGGGUCCGUCUUCCCAGAUCUCCUGAACGGCGCGCCCGUGUCGCCGCAACCGUCGUCCGCCAAACCCAUGGGGGAGACGUAUUUCUCAACUCCUUCGCCCUCGCUGCUCUCGGGCUUGAACACGCAGAACAUGAACCAGGCGCUUAAUUUUGGUGCCGGCCCGGAGACGCCGUCCUCGAUGAAUGGUAGUAAUCAUGGCACCCUACCCGUCUCGACAAUCACUGAUUCAACAAGAAAUGCCAUCCUAGGUGCACUGUCGGCCUCCCAGGCGUCCCAGUUUGGUACGCGGAGAUACUCGUUCGCCACGCCGACCUCCCCUCUCGCCACGCAGCCGUCCCCGAUCACAGCCAACAUCACCCCUAGCACCACCAGCGCCAUCGCCAGCACUCCCGACCAGCUCAGCACCCUACCUACAACCCGAGACCUCCAGCGAUACGUCGGUGCCUAUCUGCGAUAUUUCCACCCCCACCUGCCGUUUGUCCACAUAGCGACGCUGACGUUCGAUUUUCCUGCGCAAUUGUUGGCUAACGGGCGAAAUAGCGGCAUUGGGGGGAGCGGGUGUUUGCUUCUUUCUAUGGCGGCCAUUGGCGCCUUGUUUGAGUUGGAGCACCAGGCAUCCAUGGAAUUGUUCGGGAUGGCCAAGAAGAUGAUCCAGCUGUAUCUCGACGAGCGGAGGAAGGCGAACGUAAGAAAGGCAGAAUCCAUUCGGCGCACUCCCAUGUCGGACCACAGUUCACAGCAGCAGGAACCCCCCGUCGAGACUCCCGUGUGGUUGGUUCAGGCCAUGCUCCUGAAUGUCGUGUAUGGUCAUAACUGCGGGGACAAGCGGUCUGGCGAGAUCGCGUCCACCCACGCCGCCGCAUUAGUAAGUCUUGCGCAGGGAGCGGAGCUGCUGCGGCCAGUGCGAGUUGAACCUUCGGCUAAGGACGUCGAGAUGGUGGAUGCUGACGUCGCCGGUGGCUGGGACGGAGCCGGAAGACAACAUGCCGACGAGCACGCCGAGUGGCUGCGCUGGCGGACCAUUGAGGAGCGGAAGCGCACCCUUUAUGCCGUCUUCACCCUAUCUAGCCUCCUCGUGUCGGCGUAUAAUCACACGCCAGCCCUCACGAACUCGGAGAUCCUGCUCGAUCUCCCGUCUGACGAAGAGUUUUUCGCCGCCGAGAGCGCUGCCGUUUUCCGGGCCAAGGGCGGCGUGGCAGCAGCUAAUCACAACCGGAUGACGUUCCACGAAGCCCUGGGGAAGUUGCUGCGUACAAACGAGAAGCAGCAUAAGCGUCCCUUUACUAACGCCCACGAAGCUUUCGGUUCCGCAGUCAAUGCUAGCGAUUUGCCCGAGAGCGACCUGAAACCGAGCAGCUUCGGUUGUUUGAUACUGAUCAAUGCGCUGCACAACUACAUAUGGGAGACGCGCCAACGCCACCAUAACAAGGUCUGGACAAACGAGGAAACCGAGAAGAUGCAUCGUCACAUCGAGCCGGCGCUUCGGGCGUGGCACGCCGCCUGGGCAACCAACCCUCAGCAUAGCCCGGAGCGGCCGAACCCCCACGGCGCGGGGCCGCUGUCGGCAGACUGCAUCCCGCUGUUGGAUCUUGCCUAUGUUCGCCUAUUUGUCAACCUUUCGCGGUCCAAGGAGAAGUUCUGGCAGCGCGAUUGGGACGGGAUGGCUGAGGAAUUGGCGAGAGGCUCUGAGAUUAUCCAGCACGCCGAGCACUCGCCGGCCUCUAUCGCCGAUUCGGCUGUUACUGAUCCGUCGAGCACACCCGGGACAAGCUCUCUUACGGUGGAUACCCCGCCGACUCUUACUUCCUCCCCGGAAUUUGGGGUCUCAAAGUUGCCGCUGUCGACCUCCAUGAACCCGGGGCUAGCCUCGCAGCCGCCUCAACCUCAGACGCAGAGCUCGACCAGCCAAGCCACCUCCCGGAGAGAGAAACACUUGCGGAAAGCUGCGUUCUUUGCGUCCGAGUCUCUUUCCGUUUCCGACAAGCUCGGCGUCACCUUUGCCAACUUGACCAGCCGCGAGCUGCCUCUGCAAGCGACGCUCUGUGCAUUUGACUGUGCUCAGGUCCUUGCCGAGUGGGUCGCCACCCUCCAGGACCGCGUUGGGCGCUAUCUUGGAAUCCUCGGCCGGGAUAAUGUUGAUUUCUCGCAAGUGCCCGCGAUUAUGCUGCUCGAGGAAGAGGAUGUAAAACUGCUGGCGAAGAUUGAUGAGAUUAUUCGUGGCGCCGAAGUCAAAAUGAACAUGGAUCUGGCUCAACUUGGCGGCAUGGGGGAUAGCGGCACCGUCGUUGCCGCUGGCAUCGACGGCAGACUCCAGAUGGACGACAAUGCGGGAUACGCGACAAAGCUCCUAAGGGUCACAGCGUACAUGUUUGACAACGCUGCCGUAUGGCCUGUGACCCGGCUGAUCACUUCCUGCCUCGAAACCCACGCGAACCAUAUGCGUGCCCGCGCAGAAAAGUCCAUCCUGGCCCUUGGCUGAAAAGUCCGGAUGUUUUGGUCAACUCGACGGCUGCCACGGCGCUUCUACACGGCGGUGCCCGGCUCGAUUUGCCCUUAACCCCCAGUUCGGUUUGCGCUCUGCAUUCCGCGAGUUACUUUUUCGGCUGUUCAAGCUUCUGCCGCAAUACGAUACCAUUC